CACGGUGACCAUCCAAGUAAUAGUUUAUCCAGCUGUACUUUGCACAUUUUCUCUGUUUUAAGUAGUUUAGAAAUUAUAUAGAAAACUUCAUAGUAUUUCUUUUUCUGAAUGAUUGAAAGAAUUGAUUUAAUUUUGGCCUUUUUUUCCUAAUAUUAAAAUUUAUUUUUCAACAUGUCUGAAAAACUACCGAAUAUAUAUAUCAAUGGGCUUUGGCCUAUAUUCUUGAAGCCUCCUUCUCACAGGCCUUUUAAGUAGAUAAGUCUAUACUAAAUCAAAAUAUCUCCCAACAAAACCAUGGAAACUCUAAGCACCCCUCUUCCGUCUCUUCCGCGUUACUCAACUUCCCUAACUGUCAAUAACGACCACGACCACCCAGUCUUUUUACAUAUCAAGCAAUGCACCAAUUCAAGCCAACUCGGGCAAAUCCAUGCCCAUAUGCUCCGAACAGGACUUUUCUUUGACCCAUACGCCGCUAGCAAACUCUUCGCGGCCUCUGCAUUGUUGCCUUUUUCGAGCUUGGAUUACGCUCGUAAAGUGUUUGAUCAAAUUCCCAAACCGAAUCUUCACUCAUGGAAUACCCUCAUUCGGGUUUGUGCUUCCAGUUCUGAACCUCUCCAAGGAAUUUUAAUCUUUCUAAGGAUGGUUCAUGAGAGUCCUUAUUACCCCAAUAAAUUCACUUUUCCCUUUGUGAUCAAGGCUGCCGCUGAGAUUUUUAGUUUAUGUGUUGGCCAGGCUCUUCAUGGGUUGGCAAUUAAGGCCUCGUUAGGGGCGGAUGUUUUUAUUUCCAAUUCAUUGAUACAUUUGUAUUUGUCGUGUGGGGAUUUGGAUUCGGCUUAUAGGGUAUUUACGAUGAUUGGUGAAAAAGAUGUUGUAUCUUGGAAUUCAAUGAUCACCGGCUUGGCACAAAGGGGUUGUGCUGAAAAGGCAUUUCAGCUGUUUCAGGAAAUGGAGGAAGAAGGUGUGAAGCCGAAUGAUGUGACAAUGGUUGGUGUUUUAUCAGCUUGUGCAAAGAAGCUGGACUUGGAGCUUGGGAGAUGGGUGUGUUCAUAUAUUGAAAGGAAAGGGAUAAGGGUGGACUUGACUUUGAGUAAUGCAAUGCUGGAUAUGUAUACAAAAUGUGGAAGUCUUGAAGAUGCAAAAAGAUUGUUUGAUAUGAUGGAGGAGAAGGAUAUUGUCACGUGGACAACUAUGCUCGACGGUUAUGCUAAAUUGGGAGAGUACGAGACAGCAAAGCAAGUUCUUGAUACUAUGCCUAGGCAAGAUAUUGCUGCAUGGAAUGCCCUUAUAUCUGGCUAUGAACAGAAUGGAAAGUCAAAGGAGGCUUUGUCCUUAUAUCAUGAAUUGCAACAGAGCCAAAUUGCUAAACCUGAUGGGAUCACUCUUGUUAGCGCUCUAUCAGCUUGUGCUCAAUUAGGAGCAAUGGGAAUAGGUGAGUGUAUCCAUGCCUAUGUCAAAGAGCAGGGGAUUAAGUUAAAUUGUCAUCUUACAACCUCGCUCAUUGAUAUGUAUUCCAAAUGCGGAGAUAUAAAGAAGGCACUUGAUGUAUUCUAUUCUGUGGAUAGGAGGGAUGUGUUUGUCUGGAGUGCCAUGAUUGCAGGUUUGGCGAUGCAUGGUCAAGGGAGAGAUGCAAUAGAUUUGUUCUCUAGGAUGCAAGAAACUAUGAUCAAGCCCAAUUCUGUGACCUUUACUAAUGUGUUGUGUGCUUGCAGCCAUGCUGGGUUGGUGAAGGAGGGAAAAACCUUUUUCAAUCAGAUGGAACCAGUUUAUGGGAUUCGGCCUGGUAUCCAGCACUAUUCUUGCAUGGUUGAUAUACUCGGUCGUGCAGGCCUUUUGGAAGAAGCUGUUGAAUUCAUUGAGAAAAUGCCAAUACUUCCUAGUGAUUCUGUGUGGGGAGCUCUGCUUGGAGCUUGUCAAAUUCAUGGAAAUGUUGAGCUUGCUGAACUGGCUUGUAGGCAUUUGCUUGAGUUGGAUCCUGAAAAUAAUGGAGCAUAUGUUCUUUUAUCUAAUGUGUAUGCCAAAACUGGGAAAUGGGAUGGUGUUUCUAGAUUAAGGAAGCACAUGAGAGUAACUGGACUAAAGAAAGAACAAGGUUGUAGCAGAAUUGAGGUCAAUGGAGUCAUUCAUGAAUUUCUUGCAGGAGAUAACUGCCAUCCUCUUUCCAAGGAAAUAUAUUCAAAAUUAGAUGAGAUUGUGGUGAGAUUAAAAUCAGCUGGUUAUGUACCCAACAAGUCCCACCUUCUGCAACUUAUUGAAGAGGAUGAGAUGCAAGAGCAUGCUCUUAACCUUCACAGUGAGAAAUUAGCAAUUGCCUUUGGAUUACAAUACGUGGAAGUGUCUCAGCCAAUCCGAAUUAUAAAAAAUCUUCGUGUUUGUGGGGACUGCCACUCAGUUGCUAAGCUUGUAUCGAGACUUUAUAAUAGAGAGAUAAUACUAAGAGAUCGGUAUAGGUUCCACCAUUUUAGUGGCGGAAAUUGUUCUUGCAAGGAUUAUUGGUGAAUGUUAUAUACCAUCCAAUAGAAAUUACUCCUCAAACAUAUAACUUAUGAGUCUCUUGUAAGUUCUGUGUAAUGUCUGCCAUAGAUCUCCGAGAAUUUUAAGCUUAGAAUUUACAUGCUAUUGUUUCCGGAACUCAAUUUACAGCUUAAGGUGGGCAUAUCUACUUGUUCAUAUUUUAUCUUUAUACUUGAGACUUGAAUCACUUGACCAUCCGUUCAUUC